GUCCCGCCCCCGCGGGCGGAGCCGGGUCCGGUGGACAAGAUGGCGGCGGGGCUGAGGGCGGUGCAGCGCUGGGGGCUGGCGGCGGCAACACCUAGCCUCGCUUUUACUCGUUCUGCAUUUGUUGUGGGAAAACAGAAUAACGCCCAACCAAACUGGCUGGGAGUUGGCUUGGCAUUUGGCACCAGUGCUGCCUUGUGGGCUCUUCUUGUCAAGCAGCAUAAUGAAGAUGUAAUGGAAUAUGAAAGAAGAAAACAAGUGAGAGGACAUAAGUGUACAGGAUGCUCAUAGCUGAUGACAUGGUCACAAAGAUAUGUGCACUACAGGGCCAUGUGUAUGUGGUUGUUGUCAUACAAAUAAAUGAGCACAGAAGAAGUGAAAAGUUAUCUAAUUACUUGUAUGUUCAUACAUUUUAUGUGCAUAAUUAAAAAUAAAGUCUAGAAGAAACCUGAAACUA